CGGGGUGUCGGCGCAGGCGCAGGCGCAGUGACGGCGGCAGCGGGGAAGAUGGCGGCGGUGAUUCAGAAUGUUGUGAAGAACAUUGGUGAGCAAUACUACAAAGAUGCCAUUGAACAGUGCCACAACUAUAACGCCAGGCUGUGUGCCGAGAGGAGUGUGCGGCUGCCUUUCCUGGACUCCCAGACUGGAGUGGCCCAGAGUAACUGCUACAUCUGGAUGGAGAAACGACACCGUGGCCCAGGAAUGGCCCCAGGGCAGCUGUACACCUACCCCGCUCGUCGCUGGAGGAAGAAGAGGAGGGCACAUCCCCCUGAGGACCCUCACCUCAGCUUUCCAGCUCUGAAACCAGAGCUGGACCUGGGCCUGAAGAAAGACCUCCUGGUGCCCCCCGAUGGCAGUAGUCUGGAGGCAUUACUGAGAGGGGAGUCGGUGGAGAAACAGCGAGGGAUCUCUGACCACCGAGAUGACGACAGUCUGAAUGACUUCCCCAUCAACCACGGUCGGACCCGGAAGAGAAUCCUGGAUCCGGAUGAUUUUCUGGAUGACCUGGAUGAUGAAGAUUAUGAGGAAGAUCUCCCAAAGCGCAGGAGUAAAGGCCGGGCCAAGGGGAAAGGAGUUGGUCGGAGUGCGAGAAAGAAAGCCAUGGACGCUGCUGCGAUUGAGGAUCGAGAGAAACCCUACGCCUGUGACAUCUGUGGGAAACGUUACAAGAACCGGCCGGGACUCAGUUACCACUACGCCCACUCCCACCUGGCAGACGAAGAGGGAGAUGAGGACAAAGACCUGGAGCCCCAGAUCCCAAUAUCACACCGGAGGGAGGAACGUAAGUUGGGGCGGCCUCCAGGCGACUUCAGAAAAUUGAAAGCAGCAAAGAAGGGUCCGGAUGGGCUGGCUCUACCCAAUAACUACUGCGACUUCUGCCUGGGCGACUCGCGACUCAACAAGAAGACAGGCCAGUCCGAGGAGCUGGUCUCGUGCUCCGACUGUGGCCGCUCAGGACACCCAUCGUGCCUGCAGUUUACCCCAGUGAUGAUGGCGGCUGUGAAGACCUAUCGCUGGCAGUGCAUUGAGUGUAAAUGCUGCAAUCUGUGUGGGACCUCCGAGAAUGAUGACCAGCUCCUGUUCUGUGAUGAUUGUGACCGUGGUUACCAUAUGUACUGCCUCACCCCACCGAUGUCAGAGCCCCCUGAAGGAAGCUGGAGCUGUCGUCUCUGCCUGGAUACUCUCAAAGAAAAGGCCUCAAUUUACCAAAACCCCAACCCUCCUGCCUCCUAAUGGCCAUGGUUGGAAUUGUAGAAGGCGUGUGGUAGGGAUGGGUGGGUGGGCAUGGCUGAGGGGCUGUUUCCACAUUGGGGCGACAUGACGAUGAGAAACACUUGGUCCAGUUCCCCGCAGAGGCAUCUGUUUGGGAAGCUGAGUGGGUGUGUGUGUGACAGAGAGAGGGGGGUAUGUGUGCGUGUGUGACAGAGAGAGGGGGGGUAUGUGU